AUGAUCGAGACGCUCAAAGAAAUGAAGCACGGCAAGAGCGGCAGUUACGAGAGCCUGGCGCUGGAACGAACGGCGAGUCAGAUUCUCCAUCGCAUGGAGGACAAAGACUCGGAGGACUCUCUGGAAAGCACGCGGACAAGAGUACUCGCUUGCAUCGUCGAGCACAAUCCUUCGAGUAGAUCCUACGUACACUGCUGCUCUGCGAAAGAGGACUCGCGUCUCGGUGCCAUGGAACACCUGCUCGUCAUCACCGAAGAUCUGCUCCAGCGACUUAUGGACGCCGAGGGCAUCACGAGUAGUGGAUGGUUGCCCGCCACGCCACAGUCACAUCAUGCAGCGAUGUACGGGAGUGCGCCGGGCAGUGUAGCGGGUGGAGGUAGCGUGGCAAGCAGUGUACAGCCAAGUCGAAGGGGCAGUGCUCAACCUCAGGACCUCCUCAUCGACUACGCACAAGGCUCACCACAGUUGAUGCAACAGUCACCCCAAUUCUCACCGCCCGCCCAGUCGAUGCCCUCUCAAACCCCCUUCGUCAACGACUUCAACACGCCCUGGUCACCUCACCACAUCCAAAAGCCCAAGCUCCCUAGAGGCAGCAGUGACACGGUCUUUCACACCACGGCCAACACUCCCAAGCCAGUCGUCCAAACGAUCCCUAGGACUAACAGCGAUAUUAUUCAGCAGCCUAAGCCGGUGCCAAUCGGCCAGUUUCAGGGUCCUGGAAGAGGCAGGGUGCAAUGGAAUCUGGGCUCUGAAGGAUAG